GAACUAAUGCGUCGAGUGAGAAGGUUUCAGAUUGCUCAAUAUCAAUGUCUUGUGGUAAAGUAUGCAAAGGAUAUUCGAUACAGUAAAGAAGAUCUGUCUACACAUGACAGGUUUACAAUGCAGGCAGUUCCUGCAACAAAGCUGAGUGAGGUUACUCAAGAAGCAUUGAAAUGUUCAGUUAUCGGAAUUGAUGAAGGACAGUUUUUUCCAGACUGUGUCGAAUUUGCAGAGGAAAUGGCUAACAAAGGAAAAACUGUGAUUGUGGCAGCGCUGGAUGGAACUUUCCAAAGGAAAGCUUUUGGCAACAUUCUAAACCUAGUUCCCCUGGCGGAGAGUGUAGUGAAACUGAGCGCUGUGUGCAUGGAGUGCUACAGGGAAGCUGCCUAUACCAAGAGGCUGGGGAGUGAAACAGAGGUCGAAGUGAUUGGCGGAACAGACAUGUACCGAGCAACCUGUCGGCUCUGCUAUUUUGCAAAUGGUAAUCUGUCGCGUGUGGAGAGUGACAAGGAGAACAGCAGGCAGGAGGGUGCACGUCAGUUCAUAGCUUCAAAGCAACUUGCCUACAAGGAACAAGGCAAGUCACCAAGAAAACUCUUUGAAAAUCUGCAGGUCUGAAAUUAACCCUGUAGCCUGUGCCACACCCCAAUCUUGCAAAUUUUCUCUCCUGCUUUUCUAAAGGUGUUGACCGAUGUUUGGUGUAAUUGCAACUCUUCAAUGCUUUGUCCCGGAAGGUGAUCCCUCGUGCAAAUCUGGGCAACUCUAAGUUGGUCAGACACAUUACAGUCAAGGCUAAUCCACUUUUUUCUUCUACAUUUGCACUUCCAGUUGGAGACAAGAAUAUUCACAAUGCUGUAGGGUCUGGUAACAGCAGCAUUGCAUCUUUUCUCUUGUUUGCAAACUGGAAUUUACCACUUUAAUACUGACUGCACUAUUUCAAAACAGGCAAAAAAAAAAAAAAAACUCCCUUUUGGAACUUCUGUUGCAUUUUAACUGUGGCAGAGGGACUGGUUCAGUUCUCUUGAACUUCGCACUUUUCCAUGUGAGCCAACAACCAAACUGAAUUAAUCUGUCAUCUUCUGCCCAAUACUACAAAUGCACCUUUCAGCAAUCACUAGGUGUGAACAGAAUCUAAGAAAAUACACCCAUCUCUACCCCUGCCCAAAGUUAAAGCAGCAGUAUCUAAUGCUUAGUUGUUUUUUUAAAAAAAUUUAUAAUUGGGUGCCAUGUCUUUAUUCAAAUAGCCACACAGGAGCUUUACAGCAUAGUUCAGUACCCACAAUCCUCAAUUACUUGCUCUGAAACAGUAAGAGAAAAUCUUCCAGUCCCUGAUGUGUUCUUUAAUUGGUAUGUCAAUGCAGGUUACUGUGACAGAACUCAUUUUGUUGCAAAUAAUUAACUUUGCAGCUAGAAGCUGGAGACAAGGAUUGCUAUUAACAGUGGAGUAGAACAGAGUUGGGGGCGGUGGGGAGAAAUGAACCUUGUUUAUUAGCUAUCAUCAUCUAUUUUUAACUUGAGUCAGUGUUAAUGGAACCAGUUUAAACAAAAACCAUGAACUUUAAAAGUCAAUUGAUCAAUCUCAACUGCCAUAUAACUAUUGAUCAAUCUUCGCUGCCAUUAGAAUUGGUGAUAUUUUAGUGACUAGAAUGCUCAGAAUAGACCAAUGCAUCUUAAAUCCAAAGGCUGUCAGCUACUUUAUAUUUGUUUCCAAUUUAUUUUUUUUUUUUACAAUAUUUAAAAAUAAAAGUGAAUUAUGUCUGUUA